AUGGAUCGCGUUUACGAUUUGAAUUCAAAAUCCGCUAGACAGAACACUAAUUUACAAACUUUUCUCAUGUCAAAUAACUAUAUGGAUGAUGAUGAUGAUGAUAUCAUCUGCAUUGAAGACAGUUUCAUACAACCUUUACGGACAGUUCCUCCAAGAAAACAAGAAUCACCCCGAAUAGAAAAUGCGGAUCAAAGUUUCGACAGAUUCUUGAUGGAGACAAUUGAAAAGGCUAAUGGGAAGGCCGACGAAAUUCUAAAACCGAAAAAAGCCAAGAGUUCUUCCACACAUCAGACUAAGGAGAUGAAGGAAAAGGAGAAAAAUGAAAAAAAAAUAGCAAGGGAAAAGUUGAAGGAAGAGAAAGAGAGAGAGAAGCUGAAACGUAAAAUUGAACGCGAAAUAUCGGCAUCGGCCAACACUAAAGCGGAACAAUACAUAUAUUGCCACUUAGGAAGUAGUAUAUGUUCCACUAUAGAUGAUCUAUCAACUCAAGCACAAGCGGUUUUCCUAGAAAGAAAGCUAGAAAAUCAACUAGUUAUUGAUGACAAAAUUGGAAAUCAAAUUUAUUGGUAUAGGAAAUGCAUAGAGUUAACGGAAGAAGAUGGAAAAGUGGAGAAGUUCGAAUAUUUUAGCCAUCAACACAUAUUCGCUGUGUUCAUUGAAGGAAGCGAGUUAGAGAGGAUUGUGAAAACAGGGAAAGUCGAAGAAUUCCUAUUGUCUAAAAAGGAGGACUAUCCCCUACAGUCAGCUGAUUGCCUGAUUCUGUGUUACGGACCUCACAACAUUCAAAGCAAAAAAAUGAUGGAACUCAGCAUUGAUGUAUUCGAACGAACUAACUCACAAUUCCAUUUCUUUAAAACAUCAGCUGAACUUUCUCUCUUUUUAGCUCAGGUCCUUCGCUCGUUGUCGAAGAAAGUUCACACUGACUCCUGUUCGGAUAAGGAGAUGAACAUAGCUGUUGAAAAAGGAAUUCGUGAUGAUGAUCGUUCAAGAGUUGUAAAAGACUGGUGGGAUAAAAUGCUCCAAUGUUUGUGGCGUUCUUCAGAUAUUCAAAGGUUGGCUAUUCUGAAACAUAUGAAGAAUCCCUUUGAAGCCAGCCAAAAGUAUCGGAAGAUGGGAUAUAUAGAGGCAUUACAAGAAAUAUCAGAAAUUCAAUGCGAAAACGGAAGAAGAUUGGGACCCGCAAUGGCACAUCGACUUCUCAUGGUUUUAACAGAUUCAUCAGGAAAAGAAAUAGCGGAAUAA